UUGCAGAGUGGGAGCGCAGUCGCAGGUUAUCCAUCGCCUGGAGCAAGAUCUACCGUCACUCCGCCACGUCUGGGAUCUUCGUUUAUAUAGACGGGAGAGACUCAACAAAACCACUUUACUCAACGCGGAUCCAGAUUGUUCUCUUUUUCCUGUUGUGCCCCCUCUCUCCUUUUUUUCACCCCCCUGAUCAGGCUUAACCACCCUGUGUUUUGUAAAGGCAAUUGUUAGUGCGCAUCAUCGCGGGAGCCAAAAGGAGGUUUGCCACUGUUCCAUAGGAGACUGCGGGCUGCUGGAGCGUCAUGACAGCUGAGAAGAGCGGGCCCGUUAUAAACGGUAAACCAGAGGAUGGCAAAGACCCGGAAGGGUCCAACUCCAGCCUAGACCACGGGGACUACAAUGAGAGGGGCCACUGGAACAACAAGAUCGAGUUCGUCCUGUCUGUGGCUGGAGAGAUCAUCGGGCUGGGCAACGUCUGGAGGUUCCCCUACCUCUGCUACAAGAAUGGAGGAGGUGCGUUUUUCGUUCCGUAUGUCAUCUUCUUUGUGUGCUGCGGUAUCCCUGUGUUUUUCCUGGAGACUGCCCUGGGUCAGUUCACCAGUGAGGGAGGCAUCACCUGCUGGAGGAAAGUCUGUCCGCUGUUCGAGGGUAUUGGCUAUGCGACGCAGGUGAUUGAAGCUCAUCUAAACGUGUACUAUGUAGUGAUUCUUGCCUGGGCCAUCUUCUACCUCUUCAACUGCUUCACCACCGAGCUGCCGUGGGCUGGCUGUGGGCACUACUGGAAUACAGAGAACUGCGUCGACUACUACGGAGAAAAUGCCACCAACAUCACAAACCCCAAUGGCACCUCUCCAGUCAUCGAGUUCUGGGAACGCAGAGUACUGAAGAUAUCAGAUGGUAUUGAGCACAUGGGGGGAAUGCGCUGGGAGCUGGCCAUGUGUCUGGCCUUGGCCUGGUUCAUCUGCUACUUCUGCAUCUGGAAGGGACCCAAGUCAACUGGCAAGGUUGUGUAUGUGACAGCUACGUUUCCUUACUUCAUGUUGUUGAUCCUGCUGAUCAGAGGAGUGACGCUGCCGGGAGCAUAUGACGGCAUCAAGUUCUACCUCUACCCGGACAUCUCACGUCUCUCUGACCCUCAGGUGUGGGUGGACGCUGGAACCCAAAUCUUUUUCUCCUAUGCCAUCUGCUUGGGUUGUCUCACUGCUCUGGGAAGUUACAAUGCCUACAACAAUAACUGCUACAGGGACUGCCUCAUGCUGUGCUGUCUGAACAGCGGCACCAGCUUUGUAGCAGGUUUUGCUAUCUUCUCCGUGCUGGGCUUCAUGGCCUACGAACAAAACGUUCCCAUCGAGGCUGUGGCAGAAUCUGGUCCUGGUCUUGCAUUCAUUGCAUACCCCAAGGCUGUUACUAUGAUGCCUUUGUCUCCACUGUGGGCCUGUCUCUUCUUCAUGAUGCUCAUCUUCCUCGGCCUGGACAGUCAGUUUGUGUGUGUGGAGAGUUUAGUGACGGCUGUGGUGGACAUGUACCCAGACACCUUCAGGAGAGGCUACCGCAGAGAGCAGCUGAUUCUGGUCAUGUCUAUAGUCUCCUUCUUUAUAGGACUCAUCAUGUGUACGGAGGGAGGGAUGUACGUCUUCCAGCUGUUCGACUCGUAUGCUGCCAGCGGGAUGUGUUUGCUGUUUGUGGCUAUAUUUGAGUCCAUAUGUAUCGGCUGGAUUUACGGUAGUGACAGAUUCUACACCAAUAUUGAGGACAUGAUUGGCUACAAACCUGUCUUCUUCAUCAAGUGGUGCUGGAUGAUCCUGACCCCGGGCAUCUGUGCUGGAAUUUUCCUCUUUUUCCUGAUUAAAUACAAACCGCUGAAAUACAACAACGUGUACACCUACCCUGACUGGGGCUACGGUAUCGGCUGGUUCAUGGCCAUGUCCUCGAUGGUCUGCAUCCCUCUAGGGAUGAUCUGGAUGAUCUGGAAGACUCCUGGCACCUUCUCUGAGCGAAUGAAGAAGUUGACGACUCCCAGCCCAGACCUAAAAAUGAGAGGGAAGCUGUCCGCCCUCAGUCCUUACGCUGCCAACGAUGCAAAACUCAAGGUUGAUGGGAAAAUAUCCACCAUCUCAGAGAAGGAGACGCAUUUCUAACCUGCCCGCCUGACUGAGCGACCAAGCUGCCUGCCGUCUGCACGAUAAGUCCAACAAAUGAGAAGUACAGCAAACAACAUUCUCCACCGCUACACAAAACAGGAAAUGAAACAAAUGACUCGGAGUGUAAUUUUUGUUUUGUAAAAAAAAAAGGAAAAAAAAGCUAUCAUGUGAUUCGUAGUCUGCUUCUGUUUUGCACAAACUUUGAUAACACAUUUGUUGCUGUUUUUUUCCCAAGUUAACAUUGCGACUGUUUCUUUCUUUUCUAACCAUUAAUAUUUUUAAAAAUCUGUUUGAUGACAUACAAUAUAUGGUUAAAACUUGUCCAGGUACCAUGUCAGUACUAGUCACACGAGUGUCUGGGCCUUUUAGAACAAUACCAAUGUGCUGUGUUGUGAAGACUUGCACUGUACAUUUAUUGGCAAAGUGCUGUGCCUCUGUAUUAGCUACUCAAAUGUGACUGUCUAAGAUGUAGCAGCUUGGGUACCAGUUGUAGUUUUGUGUGAGGAUACUGCAGUAUGUGUUAGUACUGAGGCUAUAGGA